UUUAGCGUUUUCUAACGUUUAAAUCGGAACGUGCUACGUCAUGUUCGAGAUUAUUCCAUAAAGAGAGAAUAUUCAACGUUACUUCCCCCUCUACUCGAAGAAAUUUCCCCUCUAUCGUAACUCAUAAGUCGAACUAUUUUUUCGUAAGAUCAGUAUUGCGUCAGCCACUCAAAUGAAAUGUUCUUCGCCAAAGAAAGCAGCAGUGAUACGAAGCGUUGCUACGAUACUAUGUCGUGCGAGAAGAAAUGCGACGCGUAAGUUUGAUUUUCUUUUGAGUUCUUUUUAUUUUUCAACUUUUUUAUUAUUACUUUUUUUAUUUUAUUAUUUUUAUAUUAUUUUUUAUACAGUACUUUGUCGGAACGUCGCGCGGUUCGCGUACUAAGCAGACGAUACGCACUUACGAGUAUGGGAUACAAAUAUCUCGAGAUUGGCAUCAACGUUGGUCCGCCGAGUUACGUGGAAAUCGCCAUAGGAGAUCAUCAGGGGAACGAACUUAUAAUGUCUCUUGAAACGUGGAAGGGACUUUACGAACAGCGACUAAACGUUCUGAAUCUCCUUCGAACCGACUAUAAGGACUUGUAUAAUUUUAUAAGCGUUGGACCGCUAACGGCCAGAAUUUUUAUAAUCAGUGACAUUAAUUUUAUACAUUUGGAAUCACAAAACGUACGUAUGACAAUGACCGAGUCGACGGUACGUCGUAUGUUCGAUCUGGACGGUUGUGUGGAUUUAAUGUUCGAUCGACUAAUUAAAAUCAUUGAUAAUGUCAAUAUGCAGUUUACGCAGUUCUCUAAUAUUGCGUCCACCAUAACGAAUCCCGAUCAAGUACCUAACGCGGUACGCGCGAGCAACGUUUUUAAUAAACAUCGGCUUCUCAAUUGUGAGCUUUUGACUUUAGCGUUUAGUACGUAAGAGAAAAAUUAUUAUACCGCUUUAUAUGUAUAAAUUAAAUAUUAAAAAAUAAAAACUUAUGUGUUACCUAUUUUUUUCUUUAUUUCAUAUACCUUUUUUUCUUAAUAGAAAUAUUGCAAAGUAAGCGAGAGCGCACGCGAAGAAAGAGAGUGAGCGCGUGUAAAGAUGGCGGCGUACGGGUAGGAGCGAAAACACAUGAAAAUAUGUACGCGAUGUGUAGGAGCGAGAGCGUGCGUGUGAGAGCGUGCGAGAAUAUGUAUGUAACGAGUAGGAGCGAGAGAGAGUGAUGAAUCGCUGUGAACGCAAGUACCGCGAAGGUAGUAGAGCGAGAGAAAGCGAUAUGGAAAGUCGAUAAAAAAACACAAUAAAAAUCCUUCAAAUUAUUAUGCGCCAUUGAUAUCUUCACGAGCGCAUGCCACCCUUGUUUAUAACACUUCAUAAGUGUCUAAACGUCGUAAAAGGAUUCCCCACCCCAUCCCCAUAUUCCCCGAAUUUGUCAGCAUGCGCCUCCCUCGCCCCGCGUAACGUCAUACCCCACGCCAACAAGUCCCCCCGCACACCCGCUCACCCCUCGGAGUACCUUUGAACUCUCUUCUCAUUCCUACUGCCGCACACUUAAAAAGGAUAGAGUUAUGAUGAAUGAGAAGACGUGAUACCGAUUCGCCGGUGUCCAAUAUCUGUUUUACUCGCACUCGAUACUAAUGAUGUCUUUUGCUUGAGUGCAAGUGAAACGGAUAUUGGACACCGGCGAAUCGGUAUCACGUUUUCUUACUCAUCAUAAUUCUAUCUUUCUUGAGUGUGCGGCAGUACACACAAAAAAAUAAUUACUAAUUCCAAGUAAAUAUUAUUUGUUCUAAGUAAAUGGUUUCUUUCGAUAACCGCAAAUCUACGGUAAACUGGCUGUAAGUAUCACAUUUACUUAAAACAUAUUCUCAAUCUUAGUAAGUGUAAUACUUCAAACAAGAAUAUUCACUUCAAACAAAUAUUCGGUUUACUUGCUAUCUAGAGUCCAACGAAGAAAAGCGUAUAUUUGAAUUAAGAUAUCAUAAUUUCUUUAGAAAAGUUUAUCCGUUAUUUGAAUCAAAUAUAAAUUUUACUUAUCUGAAAUAAUUAUUUACUUGGAUUCCAAGUUUGGAAGAAGAAAUUAUAUUCUUAGUUAAAUUAAAUUAAAAGCGAAAUUUACUUGUACAAUUUGUCAUUCUUAUUUUUCUUAAUUAUUUUUAAAGACUGACAUUUCAGUCUAUUAUUUGUAUGUCGAUGGCGAAAUUUUACUUCCUUUCCCGCUCUUGGCGAGCCUCUUUUAUUAUUAAAAAAGUGCAUUUUAUUCACGAGAAAACACGCCACCAGCGCUACGUAGCGAUGAGUAGUGAAAAGAAUAGAAAAAACAUUUUUUUAAGUUGAGAAAAUAAACUUGCUUGAAAGAAAAAAACUUUUUUAGAUUAAUAUAUUCAAAUUAAGUAAAUUCGAUUUUCUUGAAUACAGUUUUACAAUAUUCUUAAAACAAGAAUAAAUUCUUGUUUUAAAUAAAAAAUUCUGAGAUUUUCUAAUACUUGUGACAAGUAUACCUUAAAACUAAUAUUAAGAAAAUAUUCUUGAUUGAAGAAAACUAUUACUUGAACGAAA